CGAGUUGAAAGGCAACGCAAUGGGAUCCAGAUCGGGCGUUUUGGAUUUGGCGGUAAGCUACCUUACCUACCCGGCCUAGCCAAGCUUUCCGUUUCCUUUCACAAGCAUCAUCAUCCUAGAUCACCGUGUCCUGCGCCUCCAUCCUUUGUUGGUUGUUUACUGGCGCAUUAUCGUCGUCUACUCGUACCCGCCGGCUUUCCCACUCCCCCCGCCCGCCCCCGGACAGCGCAAAAGGCCGCGCCUUUUCUCUCCUCCCCCGCCCGGCCGGCCAGCCCGGCCGGCGGUUUCGGAUUUUGGCUCCGGCAGUUCGUGCUCACAGCCUGCGCGCGCGGCUCCGGCCAGCGGCCGUUAGUGGGUGCACGAUCCCUGUCACUCGCUCGCUCUCCGUCUCCUUGUCACGUCCCUUCCAAAAUCCAGCUGCGUUUCGUUCAUAUAUACAACAUUGUAUCGGUGGGUUCUGCAGCGGCGCGGCGCGACACUGUGCUAUCUGCACCGGCCGCUUGUGCUCUCUCUGCAUCUGGAGCUUUGGCGGAGAUGGCGUGGGCGGCGAGGCUGCUGCUGGCGCUGCUCGCGGCGGCGGCGGCGGCGGCGGCGGUCGGGCCGCGCGCCGGCGCCGGGGCCGGCCGCGUCGACCUGUGGCCAAUGCCGGCGUCGGUGGCCCGCGGGGCGCAGACGCUGCUCGUCAGCCGGGACCUCAGGCUGUCCACCGCCGGGAGCAACUACUCCGACGGGAGGGGCAUCCUCAGGGAGGCGUUCCAGCGGAUGGUGGCCGUCGUGGAGCUCGACCACGUCGCCAACGGGAGCUACGGCGGCCGGGGCUCGCCCGUGCUCGCCGGCGUCCGCGUCGUCGUCCGCUCGCCCAGCGACGAGCUCAACUUCGGGGUGGACGAAUCGUACAAGCUGUCCGUGCCUGCGACCGGGAACCCGCUGUACGCGCAGAUCGAGGCUCAAACAGUUUUUGGAGCGCUUCACGCCUUGGAGACGUUUAGCCAAUUGUGCAACUUUGAUUUCAAUGCAAGGCUGAUUGAACUUCAUUCAGCUCCUUGGACUAUCGUGGACAUGCCGAGGUUUCAUUACCGAGGGCUUCUUAUUGAUACUUCAAGGCAUUAUCUUCCUGUCCCAGUGAUAAAAAGUGUAAUUGAUUCAAUGACCUUCAGUAAACUGAACGUUCUUCAUUGGCAUAUCGUGGAUGAGCAAUCAUUUCCCCUUCAAAUACCUUCGUACCCAAAAUUAUGGAAUGGUGCAUACUCUUAUUCAGAGAGAUAUACAUUUGAUGAUGCUAUCGACAUUGUACAGUAUGCUGAAAAACGAGGUGUGAAUGUCUUGGCUGAGAUUGAUGUACCUGGCCAUGCUCUUUCAUGGGGUGUCGGAUAUCCAUCAUUGUGGCCAUCAGCUACAUGUAAAGAACCUCUUGAUGUCAGCAAUGACUUCACAUUCCAAGUGAUUAACGGAAUUCUUUCAGAUUUCAGCAAGAUUUUUAAGUUCAAGUUUGUCCAUUUAGGAGGAGAUGAAGUAAACACAAGUUGCUGGACCACCACACCACGCAUUAAAUCAUGGUUGAUUCAGCAUGGCAUGAAUGAAUCUGAUGCCUACAGAUAUCUUGUACUGAGAGCUCAAAAGAUAGCCAUAUCACAUGGUUAUGACAUUAUUAACUGGGAAGAGACAUUUAACAACUUUGGAGACAAGUUGGAUCGUAAAACCGUGGUGCAUAACUGGCUUGGAAGUGGAGUUGCAGAGAAAGUGGUUACUGCUGGUCUGAGAUGCAUUGUAAGCAACCAGGAUAAGUGGUACCUAGAUAACCUGGAUGCUACAUGGGAAGGAUUUUACAUGAAUGAACCAUUGACAAAUAUCUACAACCCGGAACAGCAGAGAUUGGUUCUUGGUGGUGAGGUAUGCAUGUGGGGUGAACACAUAGAUGCAUCAGACAUUCAGCAAACCAUUUGGCCACGUGCUGCAGCAGCUGCAGAGCGGCUGUGGACACCCGUUGAGAAGCUUGCGAAGGACGCGGGAUCCGUCGCUGCAAGAUUGGCACGCUUCAGGUGCUUACUGAAUCAAAGAGGGGUUGCUGCUGCACCGCUAGCUGGUUAUGGUCGUUCAGCGCCGUCGGAACCAGGAUCCUGUCAAAGGCAGUAGACAUUCAUAGCAGGUACAUAUUAUUCAUAGAGGAGGAAAAUAAACAUCAUUUCAGGCAUCCCAUUUACCACCCCCGAGCAAUCAAGAGGAGCUCGGAUCAAUGUAAGGCGGACCAACAGGAUGUUCUAAUGACAUUCUGUAUCUGAUGUUGUGCAUUCAUUUGGAGAUAUCUGCUCCCUUUUUUUUUAUUGUAAGGCCUUGAUCAUUCACAGUUGAAUGACUACAACCAAUGUGUGAUCAUAAAUAGCAAGAUUUGGUUUCAUGUACCAACGGAGGAA